CUCGUCGCGUAAUUUUAAAGACCGAUGCAACUUUUCCGAGCUGUAUCGCCAAGACCACGUGACCACUCAAAGCAAAAUUGGAGAAAUUGUGCACCUAGAAGUCCUCUACAAACUGACCAAUUUUGAGAAUACAUAUGGGACAGAGGGACAUCUCCUUAACUUGAAAUCCGAUAGAACGCAAAAGUUAUUCUUUUCCUUGUGAUAUUGCUGUACGAAAGGUAUAGAAAUUUAUAUAUUUCAUUCUUUACUUUUCAGGCCACAUUAGCAUUAUAUGCAUCGUGGAUUGCUAGCGAUGUUCAAAAUAUGUUAACUGGACUUGUCAUCGAUUCUGGUGACGGUGUCACGCAUGUUGUUCCAGUUGCUGAAGGAUAUUUAAUUGGAAGUAGUAUUAAACAUAUACCCAUAUCUGGUCGUGAUAUAACAUAUUUUGUUCAAACAUUAUUACGAGAACGAGAACCAACGAUACCUCCAGAGCAAUCAUUAGAAACAGCGAAAGCAAUUAAAGAACGUUAUUGUUACGUCUGCCCAGAUAUUGCUAAAGAAUUUUCCAAAUACGAUGAAGAUCCAAGAAAGAAUUAUUUGAAAUAUACUGGAAUCAAUUCUGUUACGAAACAACCAUUUUCAGUUGAUGUUGGCCAUGAGAGGUUUAUGGGACCCGAAAUCUUCUUUCAACCUGAGUUUUCUAAUCCAGAAUACAACACAUCACUGUCAAAAUUAGUUGAUGAUAUCAUUCAAGAUUGUCCUAUUGAUGUGCGAAGGAAACUAUACGGUAAUAUCGUCUUAUCUGGCGGAAGUACAAUGUUUAAAGGUUUCGAGAAGCGAUUGAAACGAGAUGUUCAACGUCUGGUUGAUGCAAGAUUGAAGGAAUCAGAGGAAAUUAGUAAACACAAACCCGAUCCCAUAGAUGUCAAAGUUGUUGCACAUGCGAUGCAACGUUAUGCAGUAUGGUUUGGUGGCAGUCUGGCGGCUAGUACAGCCAACUUCUACGAACUUCCGUCCUAUUUUUUCAUGCAGUGUAAAUUUCGUGUUUGCAAACUUCUUCAAACGUCAAUCAUGUUCGAAGCGCGACUUGCCCAAGGCUCAAUUUUUGCCAAAGUUAUUGAAGGUUUACGUGAACUCGUCACAGAAGCAACAUGGGAAUGUAGCGGUAAUGGUAUUACACUUCAGGCAAUGGACAGUUCACAUGUCGCUUUAGUUUCAUUGGUAUUGAGAAGUGAUGGUUUUGAAACUAUGUCAAAAGUAUUGAAAAUGAUGGGCAAAGAUGAUACUUUAACAAUACGUGUUAACGAUGAUUCCGAUGCUAUUGUUCUUUCAAUGGAGUCUCAAAAUCAAGAGGAAUUUGCUGAAUAUGAGUUGCGGUUAAUGGAUCUGGAUAGUGAACAUUUGGGUAUACCAGAUACAGAUUAUAGUUGUGUUGUUAAAAUGCCAAGUACAAAGUUUUCACGUAUAUGUCGUGAUAUGGCUGUGCUCGGUGAUAGUGUAACGAUAUGUUCAACAAAAGACGGAGUUAAAUUCGGAGCCAAAGGCGAUGUUGGUCAAGGUAUGUUGUUCAUAUUUAUAUCAAAUAAUGAUAGU